AUGAGACGAUAUUUCUCUGGAUACGGGGACAGGAGUUUCAGUUCUUCUUCUGCUCACUGCGGGACCUUGGGUGGUGGAGAUGGGAGAUUCGGAGGGUUUGGCCAUGGGUAUGGCAGCAGGAGCCUCCACAACCUUGGAGGGUUCAGGAAUGUCUAUACUCAUGGAGGCUACGGAGGACAAGGAGUAAGAUAUGGGAGAUGCCUUGGGUUUGGUGGCUGGAGACAGCCUGAGAGGGGCUUUGGCGGAAGAGGAUAUUUUGUGGGAGGUUUUCAAAGUGGUGGAACAGGGCUUGGUGGCACCUACAGAGGAGGUUCAGGCAGGGAGGUACUCGGAGGAGGCCUUGGCAUAGGGGUACAAGGGGCUGGGCAGGGAUUGGGGCAGGCUGGAGUUCUCCGAGGCAUUGAGGAGGUCCAUGUGGACACCAACUUGCUGAGGCCAAUACGGCUCCAGGUGGACCCCGAGUUCCAGCGAGUGCGCUCGGAUGAGAGGGAGCAGAUCAAAGCUCUCAACAACAAAUUUGCUUCAUUCAUCGAGAAGGUUCAGUGUCUGGAGCGGCAGAAUCAAGCACUCUUGGCCAAGUGGGAACUUCUGCAGCAGCAAAGCUCUGGCCCUGAGGAGAGCAGGAACAUCAACAGCUUCUUCCAGGCCUACAUCACCAACCUGCAGCGGCAGCUCGAGAUGCUCCAGAGCCAGAAGGAGCAGCUGGAUCCUGAGGCCUACAACAUGCUCCAGCUUGUUGAGGAUUAUAAAAACAGAUUCGAGGAUGAGAUCAACAAACGCACAUCCAAGGAGGAGGAGUUUGUGGAGCUUAAAAAGGAACUGGAUAGUGCCUACAUGGGAAAAAUGGAGUUUGAUGUCCGAGCGGAUAUCCUGAGGCAGGAGCUGGAGUUCCUCCGGUGUUUAUAUGAAGCUGAGCUGUCCCAGCUGCAAACGGUUGCUGGGAACGUUGAUGUUGUUCUGUCCAUGGACAACCACAGGGACUUGAACAUGGAUGGGAUCAUCGAGGAGGUCAGGCGGGAAUACGAGGGGAUAGCCCACAGGAGCACGGCUGAAGUGGAUGCCAUGUACCGGGGCAGGUACCAGGACCUGCAGAACAUGUGGGUGAGUCAACAAGAGCAGCUGAGGAACAGUCACCAGGAAAUCCAGGAACUUGCCAGACACAUCCAAAGACUCCAACCAGAAAUUGAAAUCGCAAGGAAAAGGAAUUCCAGCCUCCAAGACUCCAUUAAAGAUGCUGAGCACCGUGGGAGCUCGGCCAUCAGGGAUGGCCAGGAAAAGCUAGAGGAGCUGGAAAAUGCCCUCCAACAGGCCAAGGAUGACCUUUCUCAGCUUGUCCGUGAUUACCAGGAGCUCCUGAAUGUGAAGCUAGGCCUGGACAUUGAGAUCGCCAUGUAUCGCUCACUCCUCGAGGAGGAGGAGAACAGGUGA